CGAUUCCAUGGGUCAAUGACGGGUGGGUCCGGUCAGGCAGGGCGGGUCAACGCCCGCCACAACGGCGGCAGCGGCAUCUCGAGGCUUGCUCUUUGUUUGGAGGCUGACACGUGGGGCCCACAGCACAGCCACAGCGGCAGAAAGAAGCCCCAAGCCCCCAACCGAACAAAAACGCUAUCGUUCUCGUCGGGAGCCGCGACGGCGCGCAUGGCGGCGACGGCGGCGGCGCUUCGGUGCUGCUUUCCCGGCUCCUCCGGUGUCGGCAGUGGCUUCGUGAAAGCCAAAUCGUCCAGGCGAGGCUGGUGCGCAGCGGCCGUGGCGGCGCCGUCGCGGGAGGCGGAGCCGGUUUCGUCACUGGGGCACCGUACCCGCGUCGACUUCCCCAUCCUUCACCAGGAAUUCGAUGGUGCUAAAUUAGUUUACUUCGACAACGGUGCAACAUCACAGAAACCUUAUAGUGUGAUGAGAACACUAGAUGAGUACUACCGAUCGUACAAUUCGAAUGUUCAUCGUGGUAUUCAUGCACUCAGCGCGAAGGCUACUCAAGCAUAUGAGGAUGCAAGAAGAAAGGUUGCAAAUUUUGUCAACGCAGCUGAUAGCAGAGAGAUUAUUUUCACUCGAAAUGCUACUGAAGCUAUCAAUCUGGUAGCCUAUUCAUGGGGACUAUCUAACUUGAAAGAAGGAGAUGAGAUUGUCCUUACAGUUGCGGAGCAUCAUAGUGCUAUUGUUCCAUGGCAAUUUGUUUCCCAGAAGACUGGUGCCACCUUGAAGUAUGUUGGAUUGACUAAAGAAAAUGCCCCAGACAUUGAGCAGUUAAAAAGGCUUCUGUCGAACAAGACAAAGAUAGUUGUUGUUCAUCAUGUCGCAAAUGUUCUAGGUUCCAUGCUUCCUAUUGAGGAGAUUGUAACAUGGUCAAACAGAGUUGGAGCUAAAGUCCUUGUAGAUGCUUGCCAAAGUGUUCCCCACAUGCCAGUUGAUGUUCAGAAACUUGGCGCAGACUUUCUUGUCGCAUCCUCUCAUAAGAUGUGUGGCCCUACAGGCGUCGGAUUUUUGCAUGGUAAAUUUGAGAUUUUGUCAUCUAUGGAGCCUUUCUUAGGUGGUGGCGAAAUGAUUGCAGAUGUAUUCCAAGACAAAUCCACAUACGCUGAGCCUCCCUCUAGAUUUGAGGCUGGAACUCCUGCAAUUGGAGAAGCUAUAGGAUUGGGAGCGGCCAUUGAUUAUUUAUCAUGCAUUGGCAUGGAGCAGAUCCAUGAAUAUGAGAAAGAGUUGGGGACAUAUCUGUAUGAAAGCCUUCUUUCUGUUCCAAAUGUCCAGAUAUAUGGUCCAGCACCUUCCCAAACUGUUCACCGUGCUCCGCUGUGUUCUUUCAAUAUUGAGAAUGUUCAUCCUACAGAUAUUGCAGAAAUUCUUGAUCUGCAGCACGGUGUAGCAAUUCGGUCAGGGCAUCAUUGUGCACAGAUUUUGCAUAGGACCCUUGGUAUCACUGCAAGUGCUCGUGCAAGUCUUCACUUCUACAAUACAAAAGAUGAAGUGGAUACCUUCAUCGAUGCGCUUAAAGCCACUAUUGAUUUCCUCACGUCUAAAUACUAGUGUGGUUCGAUUAGCCUAUAAGUGAUCUUAUUUUUCUGAUCGGGACCAAAGUAGCUUGAGCUGAGGGCAAGAAAAGACAAUUAGAUGUGCAUGAUGUGCAGGGCAUGCACCAUGGGGUUCCAAUUCAAAGCACCUUCUUGCUGCAUUCAACUUUUUGAGGUUUUUUGUUUCAAAAAAAAAACUUUUUGAGGUUUUCGGCCUUUGCUCAGGCUUGUCAAACUUGGCUCCGGCAAUGACUGCUGUGUAAAAGAUAUAUAUAAAAAUGGGCAGUGAA